AUGGCUGUUGACAGGUGGGGGCGGACACCUCUUCACCGUGCUGUUGCUCAUUGGGGUAAUUCUGCAGCUGUUGAAUAUUUACUAUCAACUGGUAAAUGUGAUCCAUUAGCUAAAGACAAGGAAGUAAUUGAAAUUACUGAAGAAUUCAAGACACCAUUGACUCCAAUAAAGCUAGAUAUUAAAGAUCUUGAUAUUGUCAUUAAAGAAUUAACAUCAGAUCAACACUUGCCUUGUUCUGUAUGGCGUAGACUAGGUCUACAGUUAGGAUUAUAUGAUCCUAGACUAGUGGAUAUAGACACUGACUGUAGAGGACAAUCAGAGGAAUGUUUUCAUGCUUGUAUGUCUGCCUGGUUAAGAGGAGAAGAUAAAGUGAGAGAGAAAGGAGGUCCCAGUUGGUCAUCAUUAGCUACAGCACUGGAUACAAUAGAAGAGAAACCUAUUGCUAGUUAUAUUAGAGAUGAAUAUUGUCAAUAAUUAGUUAGUGGAUGAUUGUCUAUAGUAUUUCAUUUUGUUCUGUUUAUUAUUAUUUUUGCUAAUACUUGCUGAUUCAUUUGUUAAUUAGUUGAGUUGUAAAAGCUGAGCUGUC